AUGGGCAUCCUCGGUUUCCACUUCGCGGUCAAUUUCAUCAUGUUGGCCAUACCAAUAGGCAUUACCCUCGGUAUCCUUUUCGGCAUCGAUGCGCACCGUUCGGCUGUCGGUGAAUCGCCGAUUUACUCGCCUGCAGCGUCUUCUGGCAGCGGCAGCAGCGGCGGCGGCACCUCUGAUGGCGGCGGCGCUUCGGACAACGACAUCAAGACGAAGACGUACUGUGACAAGUCUCGCGGCAUCACGCCUAUUACCAAGGGACAGCAAUACACUCUGAAUCCUAACCAGUGGGGAUGGAACGCAACUGAGGGUGGUGGCCUCUGUAUGAAUGUCACCACAUACGAUAACAGCACCUACUCAACGAAGACUGCUGCGCCAGGCUGGAGCAUCACUUGGGGGUAUCCCGUGGGCCCUGAAAGCCAGCCUGUGCAUGCUUUCCCGAACAUCAAGGUGGAUGGCGGUGUCUUCCCUGCUACCAUCCAGACCCUGGCUCAGAUCGACUUCGCCGUCGAGUGGACUUACGGCCUCGGCAACGACUCAGCCACCACGACUGAAGUGUCGGCCCUGGUAGCCGAAAGCGUCAAUACCAACGUCGCCGUCGAUAUGUUCUUUGACAGCAACAAGGAAAGCUCUAGCGACAGCUCGCUUGCUAAGUAUGAGGUCAUGGUGUGGUUCGCGGACAUUGGAUUGGCCACCCAGGCAAUCGGCCUAAAAAACGGCACUAUCGCUACGGAGGUUGUGAACGGCACGACGUUUGAGCUAUACGCGGGCUCGAACAGCCUGAGCCAGCGGGUGCUGACGUGGGUUGCGGCGGAAACGACAGAGACGUUCACCGGCGACCUGCUUCCGCUUGUUACGUCGCUCUUCACGCUGAGCACCACCAGCGCUGACGACAACCCGAGUGAGACGGACUAUCUGGGCUACUUUGCUUUCGGGUCCGAAACCUACAACUCACCCACGGAAUUUGGUACGUUCUCAGUACCGAGCAUGUCCGUGAAUGUGACGACAAGCUCUUAG